UAUUUCUAGUAUCUUUGCUUGUGGUACACUGUGGUAGGCUAGGCAAAUAUUUUGUAGUAAACAAGUUGUCCGUUGUUCACAGUGCCAUAUUAUAACUAUAAUGUCCUUCUCAUGCUUUAGUCAUGGUGAAGCAAGGUAUACGAAUAUAUUGCAGAGUUAAGCCAACAAAAAGCAAAGUUGGGUUGUAUGAUAUUGAAGAAGAUGAGGAAAACUACAGUCAGCUCAGUUUUGUUGUCCCAAGAGAACUUGCUGCAGGAUUCAUCAACAACAAAAAACAAGAAUACAAAUUUGCAUUUGAGUCUGUAUUUGAUCAGAAGGCAAAGCAAGAAGAGAUCUUUGACAAAGUUGCCAAAGGUGUCUUAGAAAAUGCACUACAAGGCUAUAAUGGGACCAUCUUUGCCUAUGGUCAGACUGGUAGUGGUAAAACAUUCACAGUUACUGGAGGAGCUGAGAAAUACUCUGAUAGAGGCAUUAUACCAAGGUCUCUGUCCUACCUUUUUGAGCAAUACCAAAAUAGUUCUGCAUUUGUUUUCACCACACAUAUCUCAUACUUGGAGAUAUACAAUGAACAUGGGUAUGACCUCCUUGACCCUAAACAUGAAGCCACCAAAUUGGAAGACCUUCCUAAAGUAUCGUUGAUGGAGGAUGGCGAUCAAAAUAUUCACCUUAAAAACCUAUCGAUCCAUCCAGCAAAUAAUGAGGAAGAAGCACUGAAUCUGUUAUUUCUUGGUGAUACAAACAGAAUGAUUGCUGAGAUGAUAGCUCGUUUAAAAGGUGAACUACAGUCAUUGAAAGGUCAACUUGCUUUGGUGGAUGAAAGUCAAAGCACUGAUCCACUUACAGAAGAAGAAAUUACAGAAUUAAACAAUUUAGUUGAGAACUACUUAGAAGACCCAGAUACAGAGAGUUAUUUAAAGGUGCCACCUGAUAUCAGAAAAAUUAAUCAGUGUUUUAAAAUAUUUAAACGGCUAGUAAAGAAGGAAUUUAGUGAUAGUAAUCCUGAAAGAAGACAAACAAGUAACACUGAGUCAUUGACAGAAAGGCAGAAUUCUGUUGACACUGUUGAAGUUAAGAAGUUGACCGACAUAAUUCGUCAAAGAGAUAAUGAAAUCAAUAUUUUAGUGAAUAUGCUUAAAAAAGAGAAGAAAAAAACCCAUGAUGCUUUCAAUAAGGCAACCACUUUUAAUGAUGGAGAAAACAAAAUGAGGUUUGAACAAUCACACUCAUCUACAAAGAACCAAAAACAUUCUAACUUUCAAAAUUCAGAAGAGUCUUCAAGAGUUCAUAGUUCAAGUUAUUCUUCACUAAGUGAAAGUUCAAGAGUUCAUUCAGUAGAUGCAUCGACACGACAAUCAACUGCACAGAUUUCUUCACAGAGGAGAGAAAAUGGAGAGCCAAGUUCCUUGUCAUCUUCUUCCUCCUUUCAUCUGCAGAACAGUAAAAGGAUUCUUGAUAAGUUGAAAGGUCAAAUAGAACAUUACCGAAUGCAGUGUGCAAUGCAGGCUGAACCUAAUGCAGGUCAGCCAGAUGAAAUUGAGCAAAAGUUAAGACAUGACAUGGAAAAUGAAAAACAAAGUUACAAAGUGGCUUUUAAUCGAUUGAAAUCACUCAAAUCUGAGAUAGAACACCUUCAACACCUUUUGGAAAAAUCUCGGCUUCAGCUACAGAAAGAUUUUGAAAUGUGGUGGGCAGAGCAAACAGUAGCACUUGAGGCAAAGCAAGACCAUAAACAUCCAUCUCCAGCUCCUCCUAGGACACCAUCAAAUGCCUGGAGGACACCCCCUGUAUCCCCUCUCAAACCAUUAGACCAAUCUGGCACCAGUAUACACACACAGCCUAGCCAAUACCAGAAAAAUUCAACACAGCCAGUGGAAUCUAAAGCAGAAAGUGGUAGAAGAACUUCUCAUCGACAGCAACGCAAUGCUUUAUUAGCAGGCCUAGCUUCACAAGGACACAGGGAUUUCGGUAGUACAGAAUCAUCAUCUCAUUACAGAUCAGGCUCUUCUGCAAAUGACAGUAGUUACCAUGGAAACUCAACAGACACUCAGUCGUCAAGACGUUCAAAGUCAAGUAGUGCAGUAUCUUCUAGUGCAGUUCAACUGACAGGGGAUAAAAGAGCAGAUGCAGAUAUCAUGGCAUUUAUUAAAGCAAGACAAAAUCUUCUAAAGCAAAGAGACCACAAUUCAAAGUAGAUUACUGCAAUAAGAUGUGAAUUAUUGGCAUCACUGUAAACAACAAGAAACCAAACCAAGUCUGUGAAUUUUACAAGAGCCAGUGAAUGCCUAAUCUUAUUAAAUGUCACCAGAAUGCUAGUAGGAAGCUUUUGAUAGCAAUGACGACAGUAGGACGUAGAAUGUAAAGACAUCACUAAAAGUCAUCUGCGCAUGCGAGAAUGUUAAGAUCUCGUCGCAUGGAUUCUAGGACGCAAUUAUAGCAUAAUCUACGUAUGCAGAGAACUUAGGACACCCUGUAGGACGGUCACGCAUGAGUGAUUCUGUUGUAGCAUCGCGUCGUUGAACAAAUCAAAAGCUAUAUAUAAAUAUAUUGAUGAAUUCAGAACUACAGGAAUGAUACCUAUUUGAAUGCUUUCUUAUGCUUUAGUGUUGCAAGAUUCAUUCUCCACCUGAAAGAAAUAAUUAUAAUCAUAAAAAUCCCACAUUUUCCACAAUAAGCCAAUUGGUAGUUUAAACUGCACAUGCCCAUAUUGAAGGUCAGUCAGCAAAAACCUAUGUUAUGUGUAUGUAAACCUAUGUUAUGUGUAUGUAAACCUAUGUUAUGUGUAUGUAAACCUAUGUUAUGUGUAUGUUUGUUUAUGUUGAUUCAGGCUUGCACAAUUCAAACGGCGAAUUUGCUUGUUGUGGAAAAUGAGGGAUUUUUAAAAUGAAGCAAUGCAACUGAUUGUGUAUUGUGAAUUAGUGGUGCAUUCCACAAUAGAAUAAAGGUCGCCUCAAAAAUAUAUGAAGCUUUAAUAAAAACGAAAUGUAGAAUAAAAUGGCCUUGACAAUUUUUGUAGUCGCUUUUAUUCUAUUUGUACUUCAAUUCAAUAUUUUUAUGGUUUUUUUUUAAAUAUUUAUUUGUAGUUAUUAGCUUUUACACACAAGCCAAUAGUUUCUUUUAAUUAAGAAACUUAAAACCUUUAAGUGUUUUUGUUUUCCCUGGGUUUUCUUUCGAUUGAGCUAGGAUUUUUUAGGUAUUUUUCUUUCAUGUCAUUUUGACUAAUAGUACAUCUUUAAAGAAAUUCAAUUGAAAAAGUCAACUGUUUGGUAGUUUCCACACAAAGGUUUACAAACAACCCCAAAACAUUCAUAAAAAUAUCAGUUAAGAAUUUUUUAAUAUGUGGCUUGAAAUCAUAUUUUUAUAAUUAGUAGUAAUUAUUGUACUUUAAACUCAAAAAGAAAUUUAAACAAAAUCUGCAGUGGCUGUACAACUUAAUUUUAUUAAAGAAAAUGAUUUAUGCUUUUAUUAUUUGUAAAAGAUAGAGUUUGUAAUAAAACAAUUUUCAAUAUCACAUGUAUUUUUCAAUCUCUGUAAAAAUCUUUGUGUCAGUAUAAACGGUACAUGGAUUAAUUCCAUUUUAUAAUAAGUGUUAUUACAAUACUAAAAUCGAUAUGUAUUUUUUUUAGCAAAUUAAGGAUAUAUGCAAAUAUUAUUAUUAUUAUUAUUUAUUAUUAUUAUAUUAACAUCAGGUAAUUAGCGAGGAAAUUAUUUUAAUAUUCUAAUUUAUAUUGAAAACUAAUAACUUUUUGAUAUACAAAGUAUGAAAAUAUUAACGUUUAUAUUUAUAUAUUAAUAAUAUGUUUAUUAAAUAAACGUUACACGGCUGCACGGACGUAUCACUAUCAUUUGUAAGAAACGAAAAAAAAUUCUUCAACCAGGAAUGAUGAAUUAUUCAAAGUAAUAUGUAAAAUUUACAUGCAUGUAAUAAGUAGUUACCAACGACGAUAUCCCACAUCCACAAAAGAUCUUAACUCCAUCAACAAGACGUGGAAGCAACCCCUUAGCUAUCUUAUAGUAUAACUUUGUUAACCACUGAUAUUUUGUUUUUCUAUUGUCCAUAGAGAAAAUAUUUUCUCUAUGUAGUGUCGGACCCUUGAUCAGCAAACCAUCGGUAAUAUACAAUACAAUUAUCUCAUCUAGGUCAUGUCUGUGAUACCUUUGCUGGUAUAGUACAUGCUAACACUCCCGUUUUGGCCAUUUUAGUGACUUGACGUCCGGCCAAGUUUUUUUCUCACGUUUUUUUACAUGCUCUCCCGGUUUACAAAGAAAAUUGCAUAGGCCUACUUAUAUAUUAAAUUUUUUUUCCAAUAAACUGCUAUGAAAAACCUCAA